GCAUGUGAAGCGGUCAUGUGCGUUGAACACAACAACAACAAAGCCAUUCAGCCAAUCGCGUCGCUCCGGUCGCUCCCCUCUCUCCUCAGCCCGCCCGCACUGUUGCAGUUGAGUUUGAACGGUAACCGCGUGAGGACGGGACGAGGGAACAUGCCAGAGGUUUCGUCCGGAGCUCCGGAGGUGUCCCGGAAAAGAGGAGCCGAGACCGGAUCGUUGACUGAACGAAGCCCGGAGAGGAAGAAGGCCUGCUGGGGUAUUCUGACCAGCCAAGGGUCCUGGGCAGAUCGCUCCCCUCUCCAUGAAGCAGCCUCUCAGGGUCGACUUCUUGCCCUGCGCACUCUGCUGGCUCAGGGAUAUCACGCCAACAAUGUCACCAUCGAUCAUGUGACACCUCUCCAUGAAGCCUGUCUAUCGGGACAUGUAGCCUGCGUCAGAGCAUUGAUAACUGCUGGAGCUAAUGUGAAUGCUGCUACCAUUGAUGGAGUCACUCCUCUGUACAACUGUUGUGCCUCUGGAAGUGUUGGCUGUAUGGAGCUGCUGCUGCAGAACGGAGCACACGUACACACACCACACGCACACUUCCCGUCAGCACUGCAUGAGGCCUGCAAGAGAGGUAGCAGCCAGUGUGUAGAGUCCCUGCUGUCUCAUGGAGCAGAUCCAGACUAUGAAGUACCCCACCUGGGCUCUCCUCUCUAUAUGAGCUGUCUGCACCGCCACACAGCCUGCUCAGAGAUCCUGCUGCACACAGGAGCCAGUGUUAAUGUGGGCAGAGGAGGUGACAGUCCUCUGCAUGCAGCUGUCAGACAGGACAGUGCUGAUCAGGUGUCAGUGUUACUUGACUACGGAGCUGAUGUCAACCUCAGAGACAGUAACAAUCAGAGACCUGUGGAGCUAGCGCCCCCUGGUGGGAAAACGCAGCAGCUGCUACUGGCAUUUGAAGUUUCUCCGAGGAGUCUCUGCCAGCUGUGUCGUCUCCAGAUCAGGAAGCUGAUUGGUCGAUCCAGACUUGAGCAGCUCCCCCGCCUCCCUCUACCUUCCCUGCUCACGCGCUACCUGGAGCACACGUAGACGAUACACACACACACACACACACACACACACAGCAACUAAAAACUCUCUGGGAUGCACCAAGCUCCUAAUUAACCACAUUUCAUGUCAACAUAUCAUCACCAUGGUUUAUACUGUAUGGUUGGCUUCGUCAUUUCAUCAAAUUACAGUGAAAGCUUCAUCAUACGUUGACUUUGUGUUGCCAGAAAUAGCACAGUCUCUCUCUGUUUUAAAUGUUUAUGCAGUAGGACUUUAUAUUUUUCCCUGUCAGAUGACAGUGACAGCUUACCCAGACUUUUAACUCAUCUUAUUCUAUGUCUUGGUUAAGCACAGUGUGUUGUCUUGUGAUUACUGGAAUUUAUUUUCCAUCGGCAAGCCUUGAAAUAUUUGUUCAUAUAUGUAAAUACCAAUAAAUGAUCCAUGAUGUGAUCUCAGUGACCUGUCCAGCAUGGAGCCAGUAAACGGUUUAGUUGGUAAUUCAUUAUUCAUAUUACAGGUUUCAUCAUUUGUGGAGGGAAUAUUCAGAUCUUUUUCUUAAGUAAAAGUACUAAUACCACAAUGUAAAAAUACUCCAUUAUGAGUAAGAGUCCUGCACUGAAAAUGUUACCUAAGUAAAAGUAUGUAAGUAUAUUCGGGAUCAGUUGUUUGGUUUGUAAAAAUUCAGAAAAUAUUAAAAAAUGCUAAAAGUG